AUGAACAAACAAUUGGCUUUUGACGAGGAGGCCGCACUGCACUCGGGGGUGGUUCAGUCAAGCUACUUAUAUAGCUGUGUGCAUGGAUCGCUGUCACAUAUUUACCAACGAACCACACUGAUGCCAGCCAAACUCGGAUACUGGAAAAUAAGAGGGCUCCAACAACCCGUUCGACUCUUGCUCGAAUACCUGGGUGAAGAGUACGAAGAACAUUUGUACGGUCGCGAUGAUAGGGAGAAGUGGUUGGGCGAUAAAUUCAACAUGGGAUUGGAUUUGCCAAAUUUACCAUACUACAUUGACGAUAAGUGCAAACUGACUCAGUCAGUGGCCAUAAUGCGGUACAUUGCGGAUAAGCAUGGAAUGCUUGGUUCCACACCCGAGGAACGAGCUCGAAUUUCGAUGAUCGAAGGAGCUGCAAUGGAUCUUCGGAUGGGUUUUGUUCGUGUUUGUUACAACCCAAAAUUUGAAGAAGUGAAAGGAGAUUAUCUGAAAGAACUGCCAACAACAUUGAAGAUGUGGUCCAAUUUUCUUGGAGAUCGUCACUAUUUGACAGGUUCUUCAGUUAGCCAUGUGGACUUUAUGGUUUACGAAGCAUUGGACUGUAUUCGUUAUUUGGCACCACAGUGUCUGGAGGACUUCCCCAAAUUGAAGGAAUUCAAGAGUCGUAUUGAAGAUCUUCCAAAAAUCAAGGCAUACAUGGAAUCAGAGAAGUUCAUCAAGUGGCCUUUGAACUCGUGGAUUACUUUUUUCGGUGGUGGAGACGCUGCACCGGCUUGA